UUUGUUUAUACGUUUUGUGUGUAUCAUUAGUUGGAUAAUCAUUAAUCCUGAAAUUAGAUUGAAUUAACAAUUAUUUAUGAUUAUUUGUAAUUAAACUUGACGUGAUUAUAACUAUAUAUUCAUAAUGUUUUUCACAAAUUAACCAAAUUGAUGAUUAUAAUGAGAAUACUAUGCAGUAAAUGUUAAAAGGAAGUGUUAAGUUUGAGAUUUAAUAGUUGUGUUGUGUUAUACUUUUUAAAUAGUGUAAAAAGAAGUUUUGUAUAAUUGUUAAUAGACAAAAUGGCAUUGCACAAUGUACCUCCAAAAAGAAAAGAAAUUUAUAAAUAUGAAGCACCGUGGUCUUUGUACAGUAUGAACUGGUCAGUAAGACCAGACAAACGUUUUCGUUUGGCACUUGGUAGUUUUGUAGAGGAGUAUAAUAACAAAGUACAAAUAGUUUCACUUGAUGAAGAGACUUCUGAAUUUAUUCCCAAAAGUACAUUUGAUCAUCCAUACCCAACGACAAAGAUUAUGUGGAUACCGGAUAGUAAAGGACUGUUUCCUGAUUUAUUGGCAACUUCGGGAGAUUAUUUGAGAGUAUGGAGAGCGGUAGAACCAGAGACUCGUUUAGAAUGUGUUUUAAAUAAUAAUAAAAAUUCAGACUUUUGUGCACCAUUGACUUCAUUCGAUUGGAAUGAAGUUGAUCCAAAUUUAAUAGGAACUUCUAGUAUAGACACAACUUGUACCAUUUGGGGUUUAGAAACUGGACAAGUUUUAGGUAGAGUUAACGUUGUUACUGGACACGUGAAAACACAAUUAAUAGCUCACGAUAAAGAAGUAUACGAUAUUGCGUUCAGUCGUGCCGGUGGAGGACGAGACAUGUUUGCAUCAGUUGGUGCUGAUGGAUCAGUUAGAAUGUUUGAUUUAAGACAUUUAGAACAUUCGACUAUUAUUUACGAAGAUCCACAACAUACGCCGUUACUUAGACUUGCUUGGAAUAAACAAGAUCCUAAUUAUCUUGCUACCAUUGCUAUGGAUGCGUGUGAAGUUAUAAUUUUGGAUGUUCGUGUCCCAUGCACGCCGGUUGCUAGAUUAAACAAUCACAGAGCAAGUGUUAAUGGCAUCGCUUGGGCACCACAUUCCUCUUGUCAUAUCUGUACCGCAGCGGAUGAUCAUCAAGCGUUAAUUUGGGAUAUACAACAAAUGCCAAGAGCCAUAGAAGAUCCUAUUCUUGCAUAUACAGCAGCUGAAGGAGAAGUUAAUCAAAUUCAAUGGGGUGCUACACAACCUGAUUGGAUUGCUAUAUGUUAUAACAAGGCAGCAGAAAUUCUUCGAGUAUAAAAUGAUAAUUUUGAAGAUUUUGUCUGUUUGUUCAAUUUUUUUUUCAAAUUAUCAAUUAUUAAUUUGAAUUUAUCUUUCAUUUAAUAUCUUACUGAACUAUGGAGAAAUCUUCCAAUUAUUUACGAUU